AUGUCUGGGGCGGGUCAUUCCCUCAACUCGGACCCUGUCACUACUAUAGCAACGUCAUCAUCGGAGCCCGUGACAUCUCCAAGUAGUGCAUCGCAUGUUCCUGUGCAAACGGCUCCUGCAAGUCAUGGUGCACCUUCUUCGGUUGCCAGCCAACCUCCAGCAUCAGUUGAUGGAAAAGCUGGCGCUCCCGAUGAAGCACGAACAGCGUCGUCUGCAUCUAACCCGCAAGGAAGUGAACAUCCGGGAUCGGUAGAUCCAGCAGCAACAACAACGGCUGCGACCACAUCUGCAUCCACAACAUCUAUUACUUCUACUGCUGCAACAACGACAACUACUACGACAACCGGUACCACUGCAACAGGAAGAGUUUCUCCAACAAUUCCUCCUGAAACUUUGUUCCAUGAUGCCAUUAAGAGGUGUAACAACUGUUUGUUCCUUAUUCGGAAGCUUCGUAACAAGCAGGAUCACAUAGCAAGAUUGUUCCUUGACACAUCUGGAAAUGAUCAAGCGGAAUUCAAUAGUGCUUUUCAAAAUUACAAGGAUUUCGGACUGAUGGUGCACGAAGUUAUGAUGUUUUAUGACAAACUCGAUCACAUUGCCCGCCACUUACCGAAAGCUUUGCCACCAAUUGAUAACAUCAAUCUGAUGCGUACUUUGUACACUCAAGAGCAUACAAUGUGCCACAUAAACAUUAACAACCUUCUGGAGAAGAUGAUUGAUUGUGGAAAUUGGAAUGAAGGGAAUUUUCAAACAUUUUUUUAUCUGUCGGAAUUGCUACGUUGUGGGUCGACUCGUAAAUACAGCAACCUUCCGGAACAGAGACUAGUUCCACCGGCAAUGUUCCAUUCGCAGGCAACAAAUUCGCAUGCAGCCUUUGAGCAUGCAUUCAAUGGAUUGAGAAAGGAAAUUGCCAAUAAGUCACUUGGAAUCUAUCCGAAGGUCCUGCAGCGAACCACUUGCAGUCUUAUCAUUGAAUUUCUAUUUGGAUGCGGUGGAGCAAAACCUGGCGAAAAAAAUACUGAUAAGGAGAUUGUGUAUACAAUCAAAUUUCUGAUUAUUGAGCGGAACGGAAGCAUUGAAUACAUCAACAUCAUGGCUCCAACUGAGGAUUGGCAUAUGGUCAACGAUUAUGCGAUUCCAACGAUCAAUCCAUUUGCACCAUCUCGCUAUGAAGUUUAUCGUCGCCUAACAAAGCAAGCCAAUAUUCAUCUGUUCAAUUGUUUCGCUCAGAAUCGAUGGACUGCUGGCACGCUUUUCCAUUUCAUCUCCUUGUAUGGGAAAUUCCGGGAACUUUUUACCACAAAAUGCCGUUCUUGCAAACAAGUUCUCUCUCGCAAAAACUUCUUGCCGCCACUCAUCUUUGACAUACGAAACCCUAACAAUGCUGCUCACGAAGUUUGUCGCUAAACAUUUCUCAGUAUUUAAGUAUUGUUUUCUUAAAUUAAAAAUAUAUUCAAGCAUUUCUUACUAACCUUAUCAUUUCCUAAUCUUUAAGACCUUUUUUUCCAUUGAUCUCAAAAUUUGUUCAAAAUAUGUGUAUGUGAAUGAUAUCUCUGUUUUUCACUACAAUCUCAUGUUUAUACUUUGCCAGAAUUUUUUAUUAUUUAUUUAUAUACGUUACUAGUCCCGUUGCUUAAACUUGUCAUCAACUUAAAUGAAAAUGUUGACGUGUAACUGAAUAUUUCAAUAAAUGACAAAUUUUUGAAU